AUUGCGUUUUCGAACACAAUUACAAGCGAAAGUAAGAGGGUUAAUUUGAAUUUUCGGUUUCAUUCUCUUUAUGAUAACCAGCGGCCUAUAGAACGUUGUGAAUCUUGUUGAGUUUGACGAAGAAUCUUAUUUCUCCAUAAAUAUCAGUGAAAUCAAUUAAUUACCCGAACGAGAUGAAUCGCAAUAUAGAGUUACCAGGGGUUACCUCCUUCUUUUGGAAGCAGAGCAGGAGGAAAACAUUUGACAAGUGGCCCUUCAACGAGUCUAACAAAUGCAAUGCUGACUGUAUGGCUGCAGCUGGAUUUUAUGUUAUCGGGAACAACGACGAGCCAGACUUGGUUGCAUGUUUUAUCUGUAAUAAACAACUUGAUGGUUGGGAACCAAACGAUGAUCCAUGGAAUGAACAUGUAAAGCAUAAUCCUACCUGUCCAUUUGUUAAAUUGAAUAAGCAAGAUGAAAAAGCAUGGACCGUGGGUGAAUUGUAUGAUUUAUAUAAAAAAUAUACGAUAAAAGAAUAUAUGGAAGAAAUAAAUAAAGAUAUAACCAUACUGAAAGAUGCAGUAGAACAAUUAAAGAGCGAACUAUCUGUAAAUAAAAUAUCACAACAAAAGAAUAAAAAGAGUACUGACUGAAUUGUUACUGUAGAUAUUGUAUGGUAUAGCGAUAUCCUUUCUGUUAUAGGGAUUAUUAUGUUAAUAUAUUUUGUAUCAUUUUUUUAAAAAAAUAUAAUGAGUAAGCA